AUGGCUUCUCGGUGUCGGAAAUGUGGACAACAGGUGCCCAGGAAUCCGCCUUUCACUGCUGUCCGAAUAACAGAAGGAGAAAUGAAAUCUUACCAUGAUUUUAUAGGAGGAUGCAUUAGGCUGGAGCGCAUGGCAAAGAAAGAUGAGAUCAUGCAGCAGGAGAUACGGCCGCUGGUUGCAGUGGAUAUAAUAGAGCAGCUCCACAGGCAAUUUGCUAUCCUGUCAGGAGGAAGAGGGAAGGAUGGGGCACCCAUCAUAACCUUUCCAGAAUUUGCAGGAUUCAGUGACAUACCCGAUGAGGAUUUUCUGAACGUGGUCACAUAUCUAACCAGCAUUCCCAGUCUGGAGGCUGCCAGCAUUGGAUUCAUCAUCAUCAUAGACAGACGGCGGGACAAAUGGAGCGCAGUCAAGGCAUCCCUGACACGGAUAGCAGGAGCAUUUCCAGGAAACCUGCAGCUGGUGUUUGUCCUGCGACCCUCCCGCUUUAUCCAAAGGACAAUCGCUGACAUUGGCAUUAAACUCUAUCGCGAUGACUUUAAAAUGAAGGUACCGAUCAUCAUGUUAAAUUCUGUCUCUGACCUGCAUGGCUAUAUUGACAAAAGUCAGCUGACCCGGGAGCUGGGAGGAACCCUGGAGUAUGGCCACAGUCAGUGGAUACAUCACCGAACUGCUAUUGAAAACUUUGCAAUGACAGUAAAAACAACAGCACAGAUGCUACAGACCUUUGGAACAGACCUAGCAGAGACUGAACUUCCCAACGAUGUGCAGUGCACAGAGGAGCUCCUCUCCGCACACACUGACCACCAUGGCAAGCUGAAGGAUGAGCUGAAACUAGCUGUGAAGCAGGGAGCCACCCUACUGACUUGCAUCAGGGAGCCAGUCACCCGAAGUGCCAACAGCAAACUCAGUCCAGAUGAACUGGAAAAUGUGGCAACAGUAGAAAGGUUGUUGGCUCAGUUGGAUGAAACAGAAAAAGCCUUUGAUCAGUUUUGGACCAAGCAUCACCUAAAACUAGAACAAUGCCUGCAGCUUCGACACUUUGAACAUGAUUUUAGAGAGGUAAAACUGGCAUUGGAUAAUCUCAUGGAAGCACAAGCAAGUUUUGCUGACAUUGGGGAUAGUGUGACUCGAGUGGAGCACCUCCUAAGGGAACAGAAACAACUGGAAGAGAAAGGACAGGAACCUUUGGAGAAGGCCCAGUCUUUAGCUCUCCAUGGAGAACAGCUCAUCCAAAACAAUCAUUAUGCAGUUGACUCCAUUAGACCAAAGUGUGUUGAACUCAGGCGUAUUUGUGAUGACUUUACCAAUGAGACCAAGAAAAAGUAUGAUAUUUUGGGAAAGUCUCUUGAGCUGCAUAAGCAAUUAGAUAAGGCAAGCCAAUGGUGUGAAGCUGGAAUCUACCUCUUAGCUUCCCAAGCUGUGGACAAGUGCCAGUCACAAGAGGGAGCUGAAACUGCACUCGUUGAAAUUGAGAAGUUCCUGGUAACAGCUAAGGAACACCAGCUCUCUAACCCGAAGGAGUUCUACAAUCAGUUUGACAUGAUCCUCACCCCCGAAAUAAAGGCCAAUGCCCAAAGAAUUCUACAAAAACUAGAAGAUGUACAAGAAAUGUUUGACAAGAGGCAAGUAAGUCUGAAGAAGCUGGCAGCCAAACAGACCCGGCCAGUACAACCUGUUGCACCACAUCCUGAAUCUUCCCCAAAGCGAGCAUCACCAAAGAUUAACAGACCAGCAGGAGUAGCUACCAACAGGAGGUCCACAGAAAUAUCCUGCCCUCCAAAGACCAUUUCUGAAGUAGACUUAUCAAAAAAGAAAAGCAUUAAGAAGACUAAAGGUGGAAUUAAGAUUGAAGUGAUGCAUGAAGCUAGUCAAGGGGGAUCUAGCAGAGUCCUGGUGAUGAGCGAGAGCGAUGAGAACUUGUCAACAAGGAGGAGCAAGAUUCAGACAAUUUAUACUUACAUUGUCUCUCUUGCACAGCUACACACUGGAGCUGCAUCUCAGAAACACUAG